UGGUAAUAUUCAGAGAGAAAAACACACGCAAUGAAUAUACCGACCUGGAUCGAAAUAUACGGAUAAGGAUGACGCUUUUGUGCGUCAAUUUUGUAGGGACAGAACGAAAACGAUUCCACUGUAUAUAUGAAUGUGUUCAAAUUUCCAUCGAGACGGUGUAAUUGACAAAGAUAGGUAGAGAUAAUGUGAAAGAAGGAAAGAAAGGACACACACAACAACAACAACCGAAUAAAACGAAAGAAAGAAAGAGAAUGAGAGAAAAAAGGAAGCGCGACUCAAAAAUUGUACUCGAAUGAAAGAAAGUUCAUUCGCACAGCAACAUCGGUUUGAUAAAAAAGGCAUGGGGUUUUAGUCUACCAAAUCAUUUCAGUCAGUACUGUUUUAAGGCAAAUUCAAUAAGACAUUACGAGAUUUUAUUUUCGGCAGCUAGUGGACAACUAAAAUCGAUUACAUGAUGUCGGAUACAGAAGAAGACUCAAGCAAUUCGGAGAAUAAUUGGCCAAUGAACGAAGACUGGAUGUUAGAUAUAUUGAAGGAUGAUGAUAAAUCAGAGGCUAAAGUCAAAAUCAAUUAUUUUAGUGCCAAAUCAAUAUGUCAACACGGCGUUAGCAAUUUGAGUGAUUUAAUAAUGGCUUCCAUCAAAUAUGAAAUAGGUGAAAACAGGAGUGAAAAGCAAUUAGACAUCGUCAUAAAGCUUUUGCCACAAGACCCAUUUGGCCGCUAUUUUGUGACGAUAAAUCAAUUUGAUUUGAGAGAAAUUCAAUUCUAUACGAAGAUACAUUCCGACUUAAUGACCUUUCAAAAUGCGCAUUUGAAAACCGGUUGCGAACCAAUAGUGAUAGCGGUGCCAAAAUGUUUUUAUUCUAAGUAUAAAUCUGGUUUCUCCGAUGCACCAGACGAUAAUUCAAGCCCAGAGCCACCAGAGAGUAUACUAGUUUUACAAGAUAUGCGUCCCUUAGGAUUUAAGGCUGUGAAUUUGUCGAAUGGUUUGAGUUUGAAUGAAGCUGAAGGUGCGAUUACAGCAAUAGCUGCUGUGCAUUCGUUAACACUGGGCAUGAAAUUGAAGGAAAAGGUUGAUCUCAAUGAAAAAUAUCCCUUUUUGUUUCAAAUAGCAAAGGCAACCGAUAGUUAUCAGCAAUUGGUUGAGCAAGGUUUUCCACAGUUGGUGAGCUUUCUGAAGGGAGUUAAUGGAUUCAGUAAUGAAUUGGCCGCCCUGGAAGUCAUUCGAAUAAAAACCAAAGCAAUUAUUGAGAAAUUACUACAGCCCAUUGAACCGAUGGGUUUGAUAACACACACUGAUUUUUGGUGCAAUAAUUUGUUGCUUAAGGAACAACAAACAUCCAAUAUCGAUGACAUGAGCAAUGAACACGUAGACUGUGUCAUUCUUGAUUGGCAAAUGAUUACCUACAGUCGGCCAACCAAUGAUCUCGCCUUAUUGAUUUUGUCAUCGUUACCGUCGAAAGUGCGACGCGACAACACACAGAAGCUACUAAAUCAUUAUUAUACGAUGAUGAAAGAGAAUCUUAACAAGAUCAACAUUGAUAUUGAAGUGACAUUGAAUUACACAAAAGAAAAACUACUUGACGAUUACAAGAAAUCACAAGUAUUGGCUCUUUUGCUGUGCAUCGGAUCGGCUGACAUUGCAUUAGGAAAUCAACAAGCCGAACAACGUUUUCUCGAUGUCCUUCGUGAUCUUUACAAAGAUGGUGUUCUCAAUAUUGAAGAAUUAUCCUUUUAAGUAGACAACCUACCACGUAUAAGGCAUAAAAUAUACACAUAUAUUAGAAAGUUUCGAACAGAAACCGCAUAAUAAAAAUCGAAUACACAAAAAUAUCACCGAUAGGGACAUAUUUUAACAUAGCACGUACAAUACUAAACACUAUGCAAUAAAGCAACAGCUAUUAUUUAAAGAAAAUGAGUAAAAUACGAAAUUAAUCUAUUACACCGAAGAUUGGAAAUUGAUAACAGCGCUUUAAUUAACCUCCAUAUUAAUCAAAAUCAAUAUCAAUUUCGAUGCGAGCAUGUGUGCAUUGGAGAAGAAAAAACAUGCAUCACGAAAGAAUUAAACCGAAAAAUUGAAUGUUUAGAAUAAAAUUUAGUACAGCAAUAGCAGCAACAACAAACUAUAGCGUUGAAUAAAGUACAGUAAAAUCGAAUUUAAAA